AUGGCAGUCACCUUAUUGGGAACGGAUAAAGUCGGACCGUGCGUUUUCCCUCCCUCCGUUUUACCGGUCUCCAAACGAGGAACGGCCAGCUUUGAGGCUGCGGCUGGGCGACUACGUCUUUUGAAGUGGCAUUGCACACCACCGUUACGACCUUCACCCACGCAGUAUUUCACCUCGCUUCCAAAAGCAAUGCCUGCGUACCAAGCUUGA